GCAAAAAUGCGUCCCAAAGGCUGGGACCCAGAACUCAGGAAUCUUGAGAAAAUUCUGGGGGCACGGCAAUGAAGAUGCCAGAGACAUCCUCAAAUUGAGAAAAGAAAUGGAGGAACUAAAGAGGCAGGUUGAUAAGGAUGGGUCUUUUGGACCCACACUAGAGAUAAUUUCUCCUUUUACUGCCAGGGUGAUGAAAGCUCAACUGCCCAAGGGUAUGAAAGCCCCUGAAAUCCGUUAUAAAGGAGUCACCGAUCCCAAUGAUCACUUGGCCGCGUACCAAACUCACAUGUUGAUGCAUGCCGUGGAGGACGAGAUCCAAUGUCGCCUCUUCGUAGGAACCUUGGAGGGGCCGGCCGUAAAAUGGUUCCUCACCCUUCCUAAUGGGACCAUUGAUUGCUUCAAAGAUCUUGCUCAACUUUUCAUCAAUGCCUAUGGAGGAAGGUUCCAGCCAAAGAAGCACUUCACCCAUCUUUUCUCCCUAAAGAAAAAGGAGGGAGAAACCAACACUGAGUUGGUACAAAGGUGGAAUGAGGCGAUAAAUGAGGUGGAGCCCAAGGACGAUAAGACUUCCAUCGCUCUAGUCAUGAGUGUUCUCAGAUUGGGGGAAUUGUUCAGAAAGUUAGAUUACGAUACCCCCACUUCUUACAAGUCUAUGAUGGCUAGGGUCAACAAGUUUUGUGCCACGGAAGAGUCGGACUGCCUAAAAGGAAAAGAUGAGGGAGCCUUCACAAAGGAUUCAUCUUUGGCGGCCCAACAAUCGGGAAUCAGGAAAGAAGAUCUCACAAGGCUUAACAUGCCCUUAUCUGGUUUCACUGGAGACGUAAUUGAACCAGAAGGGUCCAUUAAGCUGGACGUCAUCAUAGGCGAGCGUCCAAAGGUGAGGCAUAUGAGGAUGGAUUUUUUGGUAGUUGAUAUCAAGUGUGCUCACAACGCCAUCUUAGGGAGGCCUGGACUCGAGGACUUAGGAGGGGCGUUAUCCCUUAAGCACCUGUGCCUCAAAUUUAAGACUCCCGAAGGUGUUGGGAGAGCCCUCGGUGACCAGCCCGCAACCAAGAAGGCCUAUCUAAGUGCCUGCAAGAGGAUAGACAAGGAGAACCUCCACAUCCAAACCAUUGGGCAAGCCUUAGAAGAUAAAGAAAGGAAAGAGGAGAACCGGGAGAGGCCUAAGCCGACUGUGGAGUUGGAAGAAGUGAUGUUAUUCCUUGAGGGGGAUCCAGAGAAAGUUAUAAGGAUCGAUUUUAUGGUGGAGUGCACAGCAAGAGGGAAGCCAGAAGAGGAUGGGACCAGUCAGGAGAGAAAAAAGGAGAUAUGGGAGAUUCAUUCAGAUGGAUCCUGCACUAAGGACGGUUCAGGAAGAGGAGCGGUCCUCACCUCCCCCGAAGGCUUCAAGGCUUAUCAUUCCUUUAAGUUCACAUUUCGGGCCACCAACAACGAAGCGGAAUAUGAGGCCCUCAUUGGAGGAAUCCAGGUUGCCCUAUUUAUGAAGCUAAAGCACAUUCGUCUUAAAUCCGAUUCAAAACUGGCCAUCGGACAGCUAAAAGGAGAAAUGGAGGCCAAGGAAGGAAGGUUGAAAAGAUACAGGGACUGCGCCAGGACUCUACUUGGACAAUUUGAGUAUUAUGAACUCAUAUAUGUUCCAAGGGAGGAGAAUAAAGAAGCGGAUAUGCUUGCCAAAUUAUGUAGGACCAUUCCCAUCCACAUGGAGGGUAUAGUAAGGCAGCACGAGAAGACUUGUCCUGUUUGGGAAGAGGCGGUCCCUGUCCUUGAAAUAUCCGGUCCAUGAGUAAUAAAAAAAGAGGGACCAAUUU